AUGUCAGUUUCUCUUAAUAUUGCAGUACAAGGAUGCGCCCAUGGUAUGCUUAAUGAGAUAUAUAAAUCAUUGGAAUCGUUAUCUGAAAAGCCUGAUUUGCUUCUAGUUUUGGGCGAUUUCCAGUCACUUCGUUCACCAGAAGACUAUCCAAGUAUUAGCAUUCCAAGGAAAUACAUUAAGUUAGGAGAUUUCCCGGACUACUAUUCUGGUAAGCGUGUAGCCCCAGUACUCACAAUCUUCAUUGGAGGUAACCAUGAGAAUUUCGCUCAGCUUGUAAAUUUACCUUACGGUGGCUGGGUUUCAGAAAACAUUUACUAUAUGGGCUAUAGUAGUGUUCUGUGGUACCGUGGUGUUUGUAUAGGAGGCCUUAGCGGCAUAUACAAGCAUUGGGAUGUACUGGCACCACCGCGCCCCACCUCCUCAACUGAUAUAUCCAAUCGAUGGCCAGAAUUUGUGCGGUCUCUCUACCAUGUACGAGUUAGUGAUGUUCUACCAUUGUUACUGCUACAAAAUACUAAACCGCAAGUCAUGAUGAGCCACGAUUGGCCGCGAAGUAUCGAAAAUUAUGGUAAUUGUAAGGAACUACUACGCUACAAGCCACAUUUUGCAGAGGAUAUUAAAAAAGGAAAUCUAGGUUCCCCAUUGAGUUGGACGCUUUUAACACAAUUGCAGCCUGCGUGGUGGCUCAGUGCCCAUCUUCAUGUACGUUUCACAGCUAACGUUAACCAUGCAGUAGGAUCAAAAUCUCCAAUAAUCAAUGAUGAUGAGCUGCUGCUUGAUCUCGCAGACAGUGGCGGCGAAGAAGAAAUUGAUAGUCAGACUAAUUUUCUUGCUCUAGAUAAAUGUAAGCGAGGCAAAAGAACUCAUCUUGAGAUGAUUGAAGUUCCGAUUAAUUCCGAGCAUCCUACUUCUCACGAUAACUCACUAUACUGGGAUCCAGAAUUCGUUGCUAUACUUCGCUUUCUUGAAAACGAUCCCGAAGCACAGCGUGCCAAGAAUCAGAAACUAUCGAAAACGGACCUUGAAGCUCUCGCUAGAAGGAUCCUGUUACCCAAUGUAACCGACUGGCAAUCUUAUCGAAUUCCCGAAGCUACAACUGACGUAAUUCAGUCACCAACCAUACAGACGGAACAUAUAGUUAAAACAUUUCUCUAUUCUGGAGAUUUUAAAUAA